AUUUAUGAAGAGCGCCUAACACAACAUUGCCGCCACCGUCAGCACUAUGUCUGAAUUCGACUUAACAAAGAAGAUAAGUAGUUUUCUAGAUAAACACCUAACUUUACCACUGCUGGAAUACAUAUGUGUCAAAAAUAUAUAUGAUGAAAAAAGCAUUUUGAAGACCAAAUGGGAAGUUCUCUUGGGGACUUCUAUGGUUGAUUAUGCCGCAGAUACUUAUAGAAGUAUAUACGAAACAGAGCCUCCAAAAGGCUUACUUGACAAGAGAGAAAAAGUCUUAGAGAGUAUCCAAGAAACGGAGGUUAAGUUAAAACCAGUGAAGGUAAUAUUUAGUCAAGAAACAAUGAAAGAAGUUGCUCAAUGUAAAAACGCUAAAGAUCUGUUGACUAGUUUGGAAACUAAAUACAACUUCAAGACAGAGAUGCUUAACGAUAUGUUUGAUGCUGCACGCGUAUUUUAUGAUGCCGGAAAUUACAACUUAUCAUCUGAAUAUCUAAAAAUAGUCCGCCAGCUUGUAACCCCUGGGACACAAAGACAUUUGGAUGCCAGUUGGGGCCGCCUAGCCAGUGAGAUAUUAGUCCAAAACUGGGAUGAAGCAUUGGAGGAUUUAGAAAAGUUGAAGGAUGCUAUAGAUUGUCAAAAUGAAGAUAGACCUGCAUCUCGUACAUAUUUAAUACAACUACAACAGCGUACAUGGAUGUUACACUGGUCACUUUUUGUUUUUUUCAAUCAUCCCCAGGGCAAAGAAAAAUUAAUUGAAUGGUUUAUGCAAAAUACAACACAUUUGAACGCUAUUCAAACGUUGGCGCCACAUUUAUUGCGUUACCUUACUGUGUGCGUAAUCACUAGUACUGAUAAAAAGAAAAAGAAUCUUAUACGAGAUUUAAAAUAUCUUAUUCAACAGGAAAGUUAUUCUUAUCGUGAUCCAGUUACUGAAUUCUUUGAGUGUUUAUUUGUGAAAUUCGAUUUCGAUGGAGCUCAACAAAAACUUCGAGUUUGUGAAACUGUCCUGCCAAAUGAUUUCUUCUUAACUGGAUGUUAUGAUGAAUUUAUGGAGAAUGCUCGUUUACUUAUGUUUGAAUCAUUUUGUCGAAUACAUCAUAGUGUUGGAAUAAGUGUACUUGCUGAAAAGUUGAAUAUGGAUGUGGAUGAUGCGGAAAAAUGGAUUGUAAAUUUAAUACGCAACGCUCGUAUGGAUGCGAAGAUAGAUUCCCAAAAGGGUGUUAUUGUAAUGGGAACACAGAAUGUUUCACCGUAUCAACAAGUUAUUGAACGAACUAAGAGUAGUGGAACAUGUGCUCAUAAACUAUUGGAAAGAUUGCGUUGGGAGAAAUCAAUCGAUACAGAACUGUUGGCAGUCAGUUCGUUCGUUAGUUAGUUAUGGACCUCUUCAAAUCUGCACGUCUAUUGAUUUGAUGAUUGUUGUUGAAAAGACAAAAAUUGUUUCUUUUUCCUAUUGAUGAAUUUUUUUUCUAAACACUAUGAAGUAAUAAUUAUUAUCACUAAUAAGUAUAUCCAUUCAAUUGACAUAUGUUUACUGGUGUAUCAUAUACUUCCUACUGUUGCUUGUUUGUGUUUGACUACUGGGAUUCAUUUAGGGAAUAUCGUUUAGAUAAUUCGAAUCUCUUUCUGUAUAUGUAAAUGAAAUUGACAUAACAGAUUGAUUACGUAAAAGAUGAUUGGUUUUCUUCAAUUUCUUGACAUUUUUAUGAUACACUAUUCUUUACAAUUUGGUAAUGGAUUUUCUGUCAUCAAUAAUUGAUUUCUUAUUUUUUUUUGGAAGGGAGUUAUUAUGGAGAGAUGAUAAAUGAUUUUAGGUCAUAUUAAAAUUCCUGAUAAAAAUCCAACUGUUUAUUAAUAAUAUCGUAAUUCAGUCAUACUACAUU